GGUACCUCUAAUGGCUGCACCAGCGAUGGCUGCGUCACCACUCGAGACAGAUCCCGCACACCCACCGCCAGGCCCAAUCGUCGCGCCCGCCCCCAUGGCCGCGGUUGUGCCCGAAUCUCAGGAGCCACAGCAGCCGGAAUCUGCGACCGAAACGUUGUACAUCCAGAAUUUGAACGAGAAAAUCAAGGUUCCAGUGCUGAAGGCGAGCUUGCGCGGUCUGUUCAAGUCAUAUGGAGAGGUCCUGGACGUUGUCGCACAUUCGAACUUGCGCAUGCGCGGGCAGGCGUUCGUCUCUUUCGAGAACGCGGAGGUUGCAAAAAAGGCUUUGAAGGAGGUUCGAGGGUUCCCGCUGUACUCAAAGCCCAUGCAAAUCUCAUACGCAAGGACACGGUCAGACGCUGUCGUGAAGAAGCUUGAGCCAGCUACCCUCGACGCACAUCUUGAGAGGCGGAAGGAACACAAAAAGGCGACGAGGUACACCAACCCGAUUAAAGCGAAGUUCCGCCAGAAGCGUUUGGCGGCAGAGAUGGAUGGCGCAAGCGCGGUACCGGUAUCAAGGCGUCCGAACGUCAUGAUGCCCGACGAAUACCUGCCACCGAACAAGAUUCUCUUCUUGCAAAACUUGCCGGAGAAUGUUACAAAAGAUCAACUCAUGGCGCUCUUCUCUCAAUACCCCAACUUGUACGAAGUUCGUCUCAUCCCGACGAAGAAGGAUAUUGCCUUCGUCGAAUAUUUGGACGAGGCGAGCGCGACCGUUGCCAAAGACGCGCUACACAACUACAAGCUGGAUGGCGAAAACAAGAUCAAGAUUACAUUCGCAAGGAAGUAAUGAGUCUCCUAACCGACUUUCACCUCUUCUUUUCUACAGCUUUCUGGUGUAUCAUUAUAUUACUCUCUUGUACUUAUCCAUGUUGUCCGACUUGAAGAUAACCCUGGUGCUGAACUUAGACGCAUGAAAGCGCAGCUUAUGACGCAACCCGCGCACGAGCCAUCAUCGAUCAUCCCUGUCCACCCACGGUUUCACCAACGUCCGUGUUCUCACAUAACUGCGUUGCCAACCCUGCUCUCCCCGAGCAGAUUCCUACGGUUGUCCAGUGCUCUGCUGUUUUACCUGUACACGCGAUGUCAAAGAAAGAAGAUGAGCCCAUAGAGGAGCCGCAGGUGGAGGAGGACGAAGGUGAGGAGAGUGAUGAGUACGACAUCGAGGAAGAGGAAGAGGAAGAGACUGGAGGAUUCGAGGAGGAUGACGAGGGGGACGAAGACGGAGCUGGUCUGACCCAGAAAGACGGAAACCUGACUGCGAUGUUGCUGGGUGGCAGUGCGCCUAGCCAAGAAGUGGAAGAAGAGGCGGAUGAGGACGAGGACGAAGAUGAGGAGUAUACGCCUGCACCCGAAAUUACCGGGCCUGCAACAGAGGGGAUUGCCGCCAACCCGCCUCCAGCCAUCAGCCGGAAGCGAAGUCGUGAUGAUGAAGAUGCCAACGGCGAGAACGACGACAUCUCUGGAGAUUACGGCGAGUUCGAGGAGAACAGCGAGGCCGUGAAGAAGAAGGCGCGUGCGGCGGACGACGAGGCGUGAUUCCAUCAAGCUGACCUUGCGUCUGGAAAUCUUUAUUCGUUAUUAUCACACACACGGGACCGUCUACGUUAUUUUUGCUCGUCGUUUCUCUUAUCUGUAGCCGUUCCUCCCUGACAUCGAAGUAGAAAUCUUCAAAGCACGUCGGGAUUGAUGCGCUUUGAUGCGCCCCUGGCGCCUAUUUCUGCUAUCCUAGCUUUAUCUCGUUUAUUUUCUCUUCCUCGCUUCCGAAGUCCUUGGCCAGUGUCCUGCUCCAAAUCGCUUGUAACACUCGAGAGUUUGUUAUCCCUUUUUUGUGUGGC